AUGCCUUCCACCUACGAUAUCUACAAGAAGCUCCUCCUGCUGGCCAGCUUCCUGAGUGCCUCUCAGGCCCAGCAGGUCGGCACCUCCAAGGCCGAAGUCCAUCCUUCCUUGACUUGGCAAACUUGCACCAGCGGCGGUAGCUGCACCACCGUCAACGGCAAGGUCGUCGUUGACGCCAACUGGCGCUGGGUCCACAACGUCGACGGCUACAACAACUGCUAUACUGGCAAUACCUGGGAUACCACUCUCUGCCCUGAUGAUGAGACCUGUGCCUCCAACUGCGCCCUGGAAGGUGCGGACUACUCUGGCACGUAUGGUGUCACCACCAGCGGCAACUCCCUGCGGUUGAACUUUGUCACCCAGGCUUCGCAAAAGAACAUCGGAUCCCGUCUGUACCUCAUGGAGGACGACAGCACCUACAAGAUGUUCAAGCUGCUGAACCAGGAGUUCACCUUUGACGUGGAUGUCUCGAAUCUCCCCUGCGGUCUGAACGGCGCCGUUUACUUUGUCUCCAUGGACGCCGAUGGUGGCAUGGCCAAGUACCCGGCCAACAAGGCGGGCGCAAAGUACGGCACCGGCUACUGUGACUCGCAGUGCCCGCGCGACUUGAAGUUCAUCAACGGCAUGGCCAACGUCGAGGGCUGGGAGCCCUCUGCCAAUGACGCCAACGCCGGCACCGGCAACCACGGCUCCUGCUGCGCUGAGAUGGACAUCUGGGAGGCCAACAGCAUCUCCACCGCGUACACCCCGCAUCCCUGCGACACCCCCGGUCAGGUCAUGUGCACGGGCGACUCCUGCGGCGGCACCUACAGCAGCGACCGGUAUGGCGGCACGUGCGAUCCGGAUGGAUGCGACUUCAACUCGUACCGCCAGGGCAACAAGACCUUCUAUGGCCCCGGCAUGACGGUCGACACCAAGAGCAAGAUCACGGUGGUGACGCAGUUCCUCACCAACGACGGCACCGCGUCCGGCACGCUCUCCGAGAUCAAGCGCUUCUACGUGCAGAACGGCAAGGUCAUCCCCAACUCGGAGUCGACGUGGUCCGGCGUGUCGGGCAACUCGAUCACCACCGCCUACUGCAACGCGCAGAAGACGCUCUUCGGCGACACGGAUGUCUUCACCAAGCACGGUGGCAUGGAGGGUAUGGGCGCGGCGCUGGCCGAGGGCAUGGUGCUCGUGCUGAGUCUGUGGGACGACCACAACUCCAACAUGCUCUGGCUGGACAGCAACUACCCCACCGACAAGCCCUCGACGACCCCCGGCGUGGCCCGCGGCUCGUGCGACAUCUCCUCGGGCGACCCGAAGGACGUGGAGGCCAACGACGCCAACGCGUAUGUGGUGUACUCGAACAUCAAGGUGGGUCCCAUCGGCUCGACCUUUAGCGGGUCGACUGGCGGCGGCUCCAGCUCGUCCACCACCGCCACCUCCAAGACCACCACGACCAGCGCGACCAAGACGACGACCACCACCACCAAGACCACCACCACCACGUCUGCGUCGUCCACCAGCACCGGCGGAGCGCAGCACUGGGCCCAGUGCGGCGGUAUUGGCUGGACCGGCCCAACCACCUGUGUCGCGCCGUACACCUGCCAGAAGCAGAACGACUACUACUCGCAGUGCCUGUAG